AUGGAUUCCUUUGGUUUUGACUUUGCUGGUGGUGAUUUACUGGAUUUGGGCUCACUUGGAUCAUGGACAAAUAAUACAUCAAUGGGUAAUUCACCAAAUGGUGGUAGUACUGGUGGUGCUUUACCAUUUAGUGUUGGCACACCAACAGGUGUUCAGAGUUUAGGCGACGAUCCUUUUGCUUCAAUGCCUAGUGGGAAUGAUAAUGAUUUUCAUUUUGGUGAUUCACCCAAACCCUCACCCAAUGCACAGAACCAAAAAACCAUGGACAAUACGGCUUCACACUCUUCAGCUCCAGCUUCUGUCUCGUCAUCAACGGCGUCAACUGCUAAUGCGGGUGGCAAUAUGGCUACAAAUUACUUUGGAGCCGAGCUUGAGGCAAGUCGCGCGCCCACUUCGGCCACUUCAGGCACUGCAUCUUCCACAGCGACCACUGCUGGAUCUUCAACUGGAAAUGAUAAAGCCAAGAUAAACGUCAAGAAUGAAACGGAUGCACAGACCCACAAGAAGGAAAAUAGCAGCGCAAUGACAUUGACAUCUGCAUCGACAUCGAAUUCUGCGUCUUCAAGUACCACUAAUGCUGUAGUCUCGUCAUCUGCGUCUGCAUUUGGAAGUAAGGACGGUACAUCUAGUUCGACAGUGGCGAAUACAUUGGAGAAAUCGAAGCCUUCCUCGUUUUCGGCCACAUCAACGUCGUUGCGACCUGCACCAGGCAGCGGUACUGUUUCUUCGGCAUCUAUGAGUAGUAGCAGUGCCGUAAACAAUAGUGCUGCGACGUCGGCACCAUCCACGACGUCAUCUGCGCGGCCACAUAUUGGCAACCAGCAGCAGCAACAACAACAACAGCAGAUGCAGAUGCAGCAGCAAAGACAGCAGCAGUAUGCCAACCAGAUGAUGAUGACUCAACCGAAUGGUCAGCCUCAGCAGUUUGUCGGACAACCGUACCAGCAACAAAUGCACGUGGGUCAGAUGCCUGGAGGUGUAAGCGGUGCUCCCGCUACGAGUGCUGCUGGCCAGUAUAUGGGUGGCCAGCCUGGUCAGGUGUACCGUCCUCCUGCUUCGUCCUAUGAAGAGGAGUUUGCGCGAGUGAAGGCAAUGAUGAUGCAGCAUCUAGAUCUCAUUCCUCCACCGAUGGAGGUGCUGCGUAUUUCGAUGAGCCAGAGUGCUGCCAGUCAGCAGGGCAUGGCUAUAGGUGGGAAUGCUUACAUUCAACAGCGCGGCAAUCCGGCGGUUAUGGCCCGUGGAGGUGCCCCUGGCAAUCCUGCAUACGGGCAGUAUGGAAACCCUAAUGUGAUGAUGGGUGGACCUCAGCAAAAUGUGCCACAGGCUGGAAUGAUGAAUGCAGCGCGAAUGCGCGCAGCGCAAAUAGCGCAGCAGCAGGCGCAACAGCGUGCUGCGGCUGGUCGAACGCCUGGUGGUAGUAACGAUGGACAGACUGCAUGGCAAUCUGAGAAUGAUCUUCCUUUGCGGCGGAAGAUGAUUGGCAAAAUUGUUAGCUUGUUGCAGCAACGAAAACCCGAUGCACCUGCGGAAUGGAUCCGACGGCUGCCGGACAUGGCUAGGAGACUAGAGGAUUCGUUGUACCGUACAGCGAAAAAUCGAGACGAGUACGGGGAUUUUUCGUCUCUUAAGACUCGACUACAGCAUUUGGCAGUGACGAUGGGUGCACGUGCUCAGCACAAGGCCGGUGGAAAUCCUCGUGCUGCAGGCGCGAGCGGCGUACCGGGCAGUACUGGUGUUGCGGCUGGAAAUAAUGCGAUGAUGACAGCCAACGUGCCUCCAGGAAUGGCUAUGAAUCCUGGUGCUGGUAGUAUGGGCCCUCAAGGCCAUGUAGUAGGCAACACGCCUUACGGAAACCGAAUGACUCAGCAGCAGUUGAUGCAACAACAACACUUACAAAUGCAAAUGCAACAGAAUCCUCAGAUGCGGCAGCAGCUUACCCCGCAACAAUUGCAGCAAUUUCAAGAAGCUCAACUGCAGCGACGGCAGCUUCAGAUGCAGCAGGCACAGCAGCAGGCUCAAAUGCAACGCCAAAAUUCGCUGCAACAGCAGCAGUAUCAGCAGAAUCAAGCAUUACAACGUCAGAACUCGAUGCGUCAAAUGCAGCAACAGCAGAUGCAGCAGCAGAUGCAACAACGUCAGAACCCCAAUUAUAUGCAGCAGCAACAACUACUCCAACAACAGCAACAGCAGCAACAACAGCAGCAGCAGCAUCAGCAACAGCAUCAACAGCAGCAGCAGCAACAACAGCAAGCUCAAGCUCGCGCGCAGGCUCAAGCUCAGCGGAGUGGUUCAGCAAACGGUACUGCGAGUCAGCAGCGUAUGAGUGGAGAUAUGAGUCUUGGCGAAUCUUCUGACUUUUUGAAUUUGGACCUGUCGUCGUCGUUGUUGGGAUCUGACGACCUACAGAGCGAUGGUAGUUCAGGUCUAACUGGAGGCGACACAAUGAAAAGUGAAAAUAACGAACCUAGUCAUUUAGCGGGUCAAAAGAGGACGCUUUCUCAAUCUCAGCAGCAAAUGGCAGCAGCGGCAAAUGCGGCUGCAUUCAAGCGGACAAAAGUAGGAGGAGCUAGCGGGCAAGCUGGUGGUCAGCCGGGUGCAGUUUCAAAUCAGCAGCAUUCUGGUGCAUCAAAUUCUGUACCUCAAGUGUCACAGACUGCACAGGCAUCGAUGCAGAAACCCGUGACAAGUUCUAGCGGCGGCUCUUCGAAGACUCCACCUAUGAGUACAGUUAACGCCAAGUAA